AUGACAAGGCUAUCUUGUAUGAAGCAUGACCCAAGCAAAGCCGGAGCUUCUGAUGUCCCCCAAGAUCCGGCUGAAGAUAGCCAGAAGAAACAACAUGAGGAAUACAACCGAAGCGAAGCCGCAAUUCAGAAUGAAACACCCGAAAUCAUUACAUCUAGCCCUGUCAGAAGUUUACAGAGCAGCCUUCAUCCAGAACGCGAUGAUAAGGGAAGCCCGAAGAAGAUCAAUGAUACGACUGACAAAGUUGACAUACUAGCUCAGUCAUUUGCAAAGCUCACAACAUUCGAGAGAGAAAAAACAUUUGAAGAAACCUUCGCCGAGUUAAAACUUUUGCCUGAUCCCACAUUGAAGUGCUUUUAUUCCCUAGAUAUACCACAUGAAUUUGCAACACUAGAAGACAUUCUGCGGAAUUUGGGGAGUUCGAUUAUGAAAGCUCCGAAUGGAGAAGAGGAAUUUAAUGAUCGAAGCAUGACUAUCAAGCAACGGAAUAACGCUCGCUUGUCACUGAUGAAAGCAUAUCUCUUUGGAUGCGCAAAUUUACUUGCUUUCCCUGAAAUCCUGGAAAAGCUUGCGGUACGGCAUGAUCCCGAGGGAAAGCAUGAUGAGACGUCUAUCACUUCAGUUGGAACGACAACCGAUGACCUCAUAGAUGACACGGAAAUUUAUACGCCGACACUAUGUGAAAAGUGUUCUAAUGAACUAGCCUCUUUCCAAAAAGUCGAUAUUGACGAACCCCCUGCCCAGCAUGCACGCGGUCGAUCAGCUUGGUUUGAAAUCGUAGUGGAUUCGCGACCGGGACGAAGUUUGUACUACGAUAUCGAGUUAUUUGAACGGGUGCAUACAUUCUCGUUGAAAAAGUUUAAUGAAAGUUCUUAUGAGAAGACUGUGGGUGAGUUUUGUUCUUAUUAAUUCUGUGUCAUUUCAGCGCUGUGGUGUUGACGUUUUUUUAUCCAGGACGCUUAUAUACACCAAAUCCGUCAGUGGUCGAUAGGUUUUUACCGAUCAAUGCUAUUAGUGGUUGGGAUCGCCUGUUGUCAGUAACCGAAUGUCCAAAUGCAUUUAUACCGAACAAAAUAUGGACCGAGAAAGUGCGAGAAUUGUGUAGCGUCAUCGGCUAUGAAUUGCGAACGCAUAGACACGACGGAAAGGAAAGUCCUGGUAGUUAUUAUGCAUGCCAUGUCGAGAAACAACUCAUCGCCUACUGGCUCUAUACGCAUGCCUUAAUAGGUCGUUCCUUCUCUGAAGAAAUUAGCUACGAUUGGAGAGACAACAAAAUCAUACUCCCAGAAUUUUAUAAGGAUCUUUAUAUGGUUGUGAGUAAUAUUCCUUGCUAUUGCUGUGUGUCUUUUAUGAAUCGUGUAGCGAUAUAUUAUGAUAUUUCCUUUAUAGUUCAUAGCUCAGGCAAGACAUUUCUAUAUCCAGAUUGAGAACACUAUGAAAGGUGUGAGGACUAAGAAUGAGAUCUACGCACUUGGACAGAAGGUUUAA